UUAAUUUGCUGCUUUUUAUUAUGCGUUCUAAUCAAACAAGCAUCACACGCACCACCGACUCUGUUGGCGGCGUUGCUAGGCGACGCCUCUGCCCGUGCUCCUCCUACAGGUUCCCUAGUAACCGUGCGACGCAUCAUAGCAACCGGACCCUGAAGCGGCGCGUCAGCAGGUUCUAUUUUUAGGUGAUAUUUCGUUUUGUUUCCUCUUGCAGCGUCAUGUAGCUCAUGUUUGUGUCUUUUCUGCUUCUGGCGUUUUACACAGUUCUGAACAAAUGAACAGGCGGGCAUCUUGUCCUGAUGGAUGACACAGUGAAACCUCUGAGGAUUCCUCCUCAAAUGUCGGUUUACGCCGACAGACACAACAUCUUCCACCUGGUGCAGAGCCUGGUGUCCAGUCUGGUGGUGGAGCAGCCUGAUGAUCCCGUCUCCCACCUGGUCAGUGUGCUGCGAAGGAGCAGUGUGGACAUUGCCAGGGUGCUGCUGCUUGGUCCUCCUGCUGCUGGUAAACACACUGUGGCCAGAAAGCUGAGCGCUGAGCUGAGAGCUGUCCAUGUCACUGUGGACUGUUUACUGCAGGACCAGUCUGAUCUGGGAGUGCAGGCGUGUCACUACACACUCAAAGGACAGGAGCUUCCUGCGGCGCUGCUGGUCAGACUACUUCAAAACAGGCUGAGUGAGGUCGAUGGCUUCAACAGGGGCUGGCUGCUGGAGGGAAUCCCUCAGUCUCGUCUGCAGGCUCUUAGUCUGCAGAGGGCCGGAGUCCUCCCUGAGCAUGUUGUAAUGCUGGACGCUCCUGAUGACGUGCUGCUGAAGAGGAAUCAGGGAAAAACUGGUGGACCCGCUGGACUGGAGGUGAGUCCCGUUUAUUUCUGCUGCUCUGCUGAGUUGGGCUUCCACUGCAGUGAAGUCUAACUAAAUGUUGUGAUCACCACUUAUACCCUCUGGAGACGUGUACCACCAGGCCUUUCUCUGGCCGCGGGAACACAGCGUUGCUGAGCGUCUGGAGAAAAGGGGCCUGUCAGAUGACCAGCAUUUGGCUGAGCUAAAUCGUUACCGCUGUGAGGUCACAGUUUGACUUUGGCCUAUCGGCACAUUUUGAAGAUCGUCAGCAGUGACCAACCACAUGACGAUGUCUAUGGCCAAGGUAAAGACAUGAGGGCAGACAGUAGUAGGGUCGUGCUGAGUGAUAGGUUGCUGUUCUCUUGCAACUUAAAUGAUAAGCUACAAUUACACUGUGUUUCUGCUGUAGACUUAAUCUCAAACUGUUGUCGUUCCAUCCAACUGUCCAUCAAAAUGUUCCUUAACUAAUUAUGUAUUAUUAUAUAAUUAUCUAUAAUCUGACUGAAAAUGUGUUUGCUCCCAGUGCUGGCGUUUGUUCGGACUCGUUGUUAUUCCAGAACUCCCAGAAUCCUUCUGUUAGGUCCACCUGGGUCAGGGAAGAGUCACCAAGCCAGACUGCUGUCAGAAAAAUACAAGAUGGUGGACGG